UCUCCACCAGCCUCCCUCAGCCAAUCAACACACCAGGUGUUUAUGCCAAGAAACAUGAUCAUUUUCCAUUUCCUUCCCACUCCUCUUGCAUGAGACUAAGGGAUUAGUAGCAAAGCCUAGUGAAGAGCACUCAGUGAAAAACAGGAACCUUAGUAGUGGCAUUCUGAGGAUGGAAAAUGAAGUCUUUAGCUUUGGAGGAAGGAGCUGAACUCCAUGGAUCAGUCCAGGUGAGAAAGAAGAUAAGUAUGAAUUUACUUGGGUAAGUAUAUGUGUGUGUCUUGUCAAACAACCCGAUAUAGAUACAUUAGGAGGAGUUACCUUGUAUUGUGUUGAUGCUUUUGAUGACCUGUAUGAGCCCUCAGUCUAUAAAAAAACACAUUCAACUAUGAGGAUGCUAAGUGAUGUAUCAGUUGUGUCUUGUGAGCUGAAUUUUCACCUCAUUUUUAUAGCGAGUAUUAUCUAGUGUCAAGAGUAUUAUUUAAUGUUUCUACCAUAUUUUUAAAUAUUACUUUUGUAACUUUGAUAUAUAUUUAUUCAGACACACUUUUUUGAACUCACUCAUAAUGCAGUCUUUAGUGAAAUCUGCAGUGAAGUAUUUUGUAUCAUUAUACAGUUUAGCUUGUGAAAUGCAGAACUUCAGUUCUAUCAUAAGGAAACAGUGUGUGUUUCCAUGACGAUGAGUUAACGAUGGCUCCAGAUGGAGUCCACCUCCUGAAGGCAUUUGCAAAUUCGUUUCAUUCAUUCUCAUUCAUUUCCCAGAUCUUUAUAUGGUGUCGAAUACAUACAGAGACUAAAGAAUACCAUUAUCCAAUCCAGACACAUCCUACUUACAUACAUUGAGAAGACAUUUCUCAGUGUGUCCUACUAAAUAGAAAUGGAGAGUAUUUAUCAUGCGUCUGACAGCCAAAGCACUGGCUGAGUGUGCUCCAUUCAGUAUUUCAGUGGUCUCUGUGUAGCUACUCACUGAAUAAGAUAAGAGCAUACUAAAUACAGCAAAAAUAGGUAUUUUGUUGCCAUGGGAACAUUCCUCAUGCCUUCUCCCCAUAUGGCAAAUGACAUUUACAUUAAAAAAGGAUAUUAAGGAGGCUAUUUACUUGAAAUAUUUUGGUGCUGUUAUACUGUACCUCUAUCAAAUAGAAUUGAAUGUAUACAACAGUAAACUGACAACCAUCUAAACUCUCUUUAUUCAGGUCUUUGUUAGAAAGUUGAAUACAUAGUGUGAAGGGCCUGUUACCACCCACAGUGAGUGAAUAUGCUUGAUGGUAUGUUCCAUUAACUAUUUUGACCAUACCUCUGUUAGAAUCAGUUGCUAUUAGUUAACAUAUUUUGUGUAAUGUAGCCAUUUGUAACAGAUACUGUAUACUCAUAUACACACAGUAUAAACAGAUGGAUGACAAAUUAAAGGAAAAAUGGUGACUUUGUUAUGCAGUGGGGGGAAUUUUGCAUUCAUAGUUUUUGUCCACUUGUCCCCUUAGAGGAAAUGGACUCUGAAAAUCAAUAGUCAUUUUGGACUGAGCACCUUUAUCCUGUGAUGAAACCUUUCUAUCCUGAGGGGAGUGGUGUCUUCCAGGAUGACAAUAUCCUCAUCCACAAGGCACGAGGGCUCAUAAAAUGGUUUGAUGAGCAAGAAAGUAACAUACACUAUAUACACACAAUUUUAAUUAAUUUAUUUAAAGCAAUAUUUUAUCUAUAGGCUUAAAGGGUUACCCCCAGCAUGCCUGCCAGUUAACAAGUUAACAAGUUCCACAAAAAUGUAGGUUUUCUUUUUUAAUUGCUAUUCUGAAAUAAAGCACAGCACACUCCAGGUGUUCAAAAAGUUUUGACUGGCAAUGUAUUUAUAAAAUAUUUGUUCAUUCAUGUUCCGUAAUGGAUUUACUGUAUCCUGGUCAGGAUUGCAGUGGAUCCAGUCUAUCCAAGUAGGUGGCAAUACCCCCUGGACUGGAUGCCAGUCCAUUGCAUGCUCAUUCACCACUAGGGGCAAUUUAGGGUAGCCAAACCUACCAGCAUGUUUUUGGACACAGCAAGGAAACUGGAGAACCCAGAGGAAACCCGUGCAGAUGCAGGGAGAAUAUGCAAAAUUCUAAACAUACAGUAACCCAAUUUCAGGAUCAAACCAGGGACUAUGGAGCUGUGAGCCAGCAACACUACCCACUGCACCACACUACCAUGCUGUCUCUGCAUGCGGUUUUAGUCUAACAGGGAUAUGAUACUCUACUUUUGGCCUCCAAAUGUUUUUGAAACUGUGUCUAUUUACAAUUUCACUGGUAUGUACUGUUCAUCAUAACCACAUAUUCUAUCCUCAUUUUCAGCAGCAGCAUACAUAUGAAAAAGAUACUUUGUUUUUUCCCCCCAUUCUGCUCCAGUAAAGUGUGUGUGUGUGUGUGUGUGUGUGUGUGUGUGUGUGUGUGUGUGCGCGCAUGUGUGUGCAUGUGUGUGCAUGUGUGUGUUUGAAAGAAAGAGUAUGACUGAGAGAGAAAGGAACUGGGUGUCAGAUCACAUCUAAAUAGUCAGUAGCCAUGAGUUGUGCCUGGGGUAGUGGAAAAGCCAGGCAACCCAGUGGGACAGACCAUUAUAUUUAUAGAGAGAGAUGAGAGGUUUGACCUUCACUGUUCAUUGAGGAUCAACCAUUUAGAGCAAUAACUCAACAUGCUCAAUACUAUAGAUACAAGUGUCCUAUAUGUUGAUUGCCACAUGUUCUUUAAUACAUGCAUUGAGCACAUUAUUUCUUUUAGUUCAGUACCUGUUUUGUCAAUAAUAUGCUUCAGUCAUUAUUUUUAGACUCUAUAGUGUUAGAAUUUCACUUAAUAAAUAAUUUGUAUAAUAAUAAUGUAAACUCUUUAACAUCUGUACUAGAUUUGAUUCAAAGCCAUUUAAACAUAUGCAUUAUCUCAUGCUAUUUAAACUCUCUCAUUCAUAGCAGCACCCAGUUGUUGUUGUUUUUUUGCAAUCCAAAAGUGGUAUAGCAGGGCAAAUAUUUGUAAUUGUGUAAAUUGUUUUACAUUAAGCAUUUAAAUGACACAGACAAUUGCUUAAAAUUUUAUGAGGUUUAUAUGAUACAUUAUGAAUUUCUCUUUCUAUAAUUGAAAUUUAUUAUAAGGUGAUUUUUAGUCAAGCAUUUUCAUGUACUGUGCUGAGUCUUGUCAGCAUGUGUUGGUAGUUAUGCCAAGUAGCGUACCCCUUGAAUACGCCUUUUAUAUUGUUAGAUUGAGUUAUAUUGUUAGUUAUAUUGAAUACUUUCUUAUCUAUAAUAAGCAAAAAGCAUUUUAUUUAAAGGCACGACACAAUUCAUGGUGUACAUACUUAUCUAUGCAGUUCACACUGAAUGAAUGAUGUCUGUGCACUGCUUUCCAUGCCUUUCAAAGUGGUCUUCACUGUGGGCUGUUGCAUAACCCCUAACAGGGCCCCUUUGCUAUUUUUGUUCCUGGAUACACGUCUCAGUGAGGUAUUUUCUGUGGUGACUCGCUUACAUCAGUAGGUCUGAUAGUGUACCCUCAAUACACACGAUGUGGAUCAUUGAUGGGGCUUAUCUUUGGCUUAUUAGGCUUUAAAUCUGUUUUCUUUGAGGGUUACAUACUGGAAUAUGGAAAAUGGGAAUUGUAAAGGGAGCUGGAAAUGACUGGAGAUACUGGACAAGGCUGUAUUUGAACACCAGGUUUGUAAAUGGCAAUUGAUAUUUUUGAUGUUCUUGUAGCUGUGCUUGCUAGAGGGUGACUUGCCAGUUUGAAUCUGUCCUUGACUGCUCUGCUCUUGUUCACCAUGUAAUUCAUCCAUCAUGCAGUCCUCCAGUCUUUCCUGGAGUGCUGCUAUGGAUGUCAUUUAUAAGACUACUUGGUUUUAUAAGUUGCCAGGCUUUGGCUCUUGUGACUGUUGAUACAGUGGGGUGCUGAUACAUGACGUAAUGUCAUUCCCCUGACUACGGCUAUAUUUUUCAUUGACUUGCUAUUGCAUGUUGUUUCACUCUCCAUGUUGUAGCUGGGGGUGUUCAUGCAGAUGUGUAGGAGUGUUGUCAAAAUGGGAAGUGGUAACAGUUGGUCAAACCUUUGCACUUUUCAUUCAUAAGCCAGAACAGUCUAUGAUGACGAUAAUGAUGGAAAGCAUGAUUCUCUAUACAUAGGGAGACCCAAGAAUGAGAUCAGAGUGACCUUGAGAGGAGCGCUGGAGAAUCCUAUCACCUCUAGAGACCCCUCUAUACCACCUCCACCUCUUUAUAUAAAGUGAAUUUUGACAGUGGCAAUGUUUCAAAGUAAACUGAAAUAACCUGGAACUGGUACAUAAGACUAAGAGUACACUGAAGAGGGAAUAAAACCAGAAAUGAAAACAUUGGAAAGAAAAUUAUCCACCAUUUUUUGAGAAUCACGCUAUCAACCUGAAGACUACAUCUGUACAAUUUGGAACUUAUGGCACUUAAACAAGAUAUUACACCAAAUUAAUUAGGACAUUUUAUACUAUGCGAUCCUGAAAAAUGAAGUAGCAAAGAUGUAGCAAACAUAAGUAUUGAUAUUAAAAAAAUAAUAUUUGCAUCAUGGCGACUCCUGAACCCGCUACUGCAGUAGGAUGUUCCCCAAAGGGAGGCACUUUGAAAGAAGAGAGACAUUCUGAUUCUGAAAUGGCCCAAAGAGAUCAUUUUCCUGACACCAAGGACAACAUACCACUAACAGAAAGAUCCCACAGAGAUGAUUUGAGGUCAUGUCCCAGUACUGAGACACAAACAGUGGGGUCAGGAACUAGUCCCCCUUUACAAGCCAGUGACCAGAACCCAAUCUACACAUGGAGGAAGACACAGCGUUUCCCUCCCCCUGGCAAACGGUUCCAAUCAAGUGUUAACCUUCUGUCAGCAGGUGUGCACAAAAAAGAGCUGAAAGUGAAGAAGACAGGAAAGUAUGUGUGCCAUUACUGUGGGAGAGCAUGCGCCAAACCCAGUGUGCUGAAAAAACACAUACGUUCUCACACUGGUGAGCGACCAUAUCCAUGUGUUCCUUGUGGAUUCUCAUUCAAAACUAAAAGCAAUUUGUACAAACACAGAAAGUCUCACACACAUGCUGUCAAAGCAGGAUUGUUUCCAUUUUCAGAGCAAGAUAGGAAGCUUAGUAGUAUGGAUGAAGUGACAGUAGGAGUAGGAGAAAUGCACUCGGAUGCUGAGCAGAGCACUGACACUGAUGAGGAGGUGAUAGAAGGGGCAGCUCUUGCACAGAGGCAGCCCUUGCACAGAGGCAGCUCUAUCCAAAUGACGGACAGGGGGAAUACUGUACAGGAAAAGUUUGGUAGACAUACACAAAAGAUUCCUGGGAUAACCUUUACACAAAGUUCAUCAAAUGAGAGUAUAUCAGGAAAAGUAUCUUUAUGGCAGUUUAGAGAAAUGAUGACACCUGUUAUUGUCACUCAGGUGGACCAAGAACUUGAGUCUUCUACCAUAAAGCAAAGACUUGCCCUUAGGCUUUCAGAGAAAAGAAGUCAAGAUUCUCUCUCUCUCCCCAGCUCAUACAGCAAAGGCAGCACUGACUCUGGCUACUUUUCACGCUCAGAAAGUGCAGAACAGCAGUUCAAUCAACCCAGUGCAAAUGCCAAGUCAUACCAAGAAAUUAUGUUUGGGAAGUGUUAUAGACCAAGUGCCAAGCCAAGGCAAUCAAUCACUGUACAGACUUGCAUGACAGACAUAAAUGAGAAUCCAUCCAGUUUUAUGAUUAAAUUGACCAAAGGAAUGGCACCUGAGGACGCCACAUGCCAUUUGCACAGACACAAAAAAGACCUGGCUAGAUCAAUAAAAAUCGAAUCAGAAUCUUUUCAAGAAGAAGAGUAUCAGGAAAUCCCAGAAAUGUUUCAAUGUAGGACUGAGCUAUUAGAAACCCCACCAGAAUGUGGUUUACUAUUACGGAGCAACUCUCUUCCAACACCAUCUGAUUCCAAUGUAAGUGCACCACGGGCGCUAAGAAGCAGUAAUUCUUUUGAUGAGAGGAUGACAAAUGAGGAAAUCUCCUUUCGUAGCUCCAUGGGCAUGAGAAAGCUCAUGAGACAGGCUGCCUUUGAACAUUCUGCACAUGAAGGACAUGGAGAACCGGAUAACCACACUUUGGUUUGUGGCCUGAAAUCAGAGCCAAAAGUUGACAGUGCUGAUGAUUCUAAAAUUGGAAUAGAGAAUUGUCCAGAAUCAGAGUCAUGCCUCAUGUUUCAAAACCACAUGAUGGAAAAUGCUACAAGGAAACGUAGAAAAGGAAAGAACAUAAUGGAAGAGGAAGAUUUUCCAACCCAAAAUAAGCCUUCAUGCUUGCCUGACCUCACAGGGGACCUUUGUACAAAGCAAGAUAUUAUGGAUGCUACAUAUACUGACACAGAGAGAUGGGCUGGCAGCAAUGUUAUCUCUGUAAUUCAGCACACAAAAUCAUUAAGUAGGCCGAGUUCUGUAGAGAAGUCCACUGAUUUUGAAUCACAACAGUUCAACAAAAGUACAGUUUAUCAGUUAAUUGCAAAGGAGCAGAUUAAGGAAAAGUACAAAACUGACUCACUCAUGCAUUCUGGUAAAAUAGAGAGUCAAUACAGUGGAAGUAGUUUGAUCUAUCCGUGGUCUCAUUUAUCUAAACAACUAGCUUUUCAGUCUGGUAUUCAAGUUCCAGAGAUUAGAGUUACAGAGGAGCCUGACAAACCAGAAAAAGUAAGAGACUUGCAGGUUAGACCAAAUGAAAAAAACAGAGAAGAAUUCCAGUGGCCUCAGAGGAGUGAAACUUUGUCAAACUUCCCAGUUGAAAAGUUACCGCCAAAAAAGAAACGCUUGCGUUUAGCUGAGAUGGAAUGUUCCUCUGGUGAAUCAAGCUUUGAAUCUGCUUGUACUAGUCUCUCCAGAAGCCCAAGUCAAGAUAGCAAUUUAUCUCACAGCUCAAGCUUUUCUCAAUCACUUGACAGAGAGGAAAGUAUGAAUGUCGCAUCUCCUGCUAAAUCGGAUGAGCUUAAUAAGUGUUUGGAGUUCUUGUCUGUUCCAGGAAGCUCAGUAAGCCAACAGAGGGAGAUGAGGCGCUCUGCAUCAGAACAGGCACCCUGCAACUUACCCACUGAAUUACAAGAAUUUAGAAGCAAGUCCUUUGACUAUAGCAACCUUUCUUUUGCAAUGAGCCCUAUCCAAAGUGACAUCUACUCCAGUGAAUGUGGAUUUAAAGAACGAAGAAGAGGCUGUUUGGUUAGACAGGCUUCUUUGAGUGGUGAUCCAGAGACUUCAACACAUGAUAAAUCUAUUGAGAUGAAUGCUACACAGGGAAGCUCAGAUGCAGUUGAAAUGGGCAGGAAAAUGUCUUCAUCAGACAAACAGAUUUUGUUGGAAGGUUCCUUUAGUGGCAUUGAGAAAAUGAGAUACUCUUCGUUGCAUGGAAGUGUUUCUCCACAGCAGAUAAUUACACCGGACUUGUCUAGGAUGCCAGAGCAAAUACCCCAUAAACAACCUCUUCUUCCCCAGACUUUACAGAUGCAUCAGUAUCAUGGCCUAAAGCAGAAAAUAAAGAAAGAACCUGAAGAUUUAAAAACAGCAGAAGAUCCUAGAAUCGCUCUGGCAGAUCUACCAGAAGACCAUUCACACAGUGUGACCAAUGUCCUGUCAACAAUAGCAGUUCUUUCACAAGCUCAGCCUUCUUUAGCCAAUCAGAGCUUGCAUGGUUUGUUAGUUCCAGUCAGAAUUCAGAUGCAAGUACCAUGCUAUGGAAACAUCACAUACACUAGUAUAUCUCAUAUUCUGGAUUCUCAAUAUGCGAUAAACUUAGCACCUAAUAAUGUUUUCACUCAAAGUCAAUGUUUGAGUGUUACAUCACAACACAGAGUAGGUUCUGAUGUAUAUCAAACACCAGCACAUCCAAGAGAACUUCUGCACAACACACAGUCAUCACCUGCAAAACUGAAUACAGGCAUACCUCUGUCCUUGACUUCUAGAACCAUUUCAACUACAGAGGCUCCAAGCAGUGGAUGUAGUAAGCGAAUGCUUUCUCCUGCCAGUAGUAUUGAGCUCUUCAUUGAAGCAACUCAGCAAAAACGAGUCAAAGAUGAGAAUAUGUAUGGACAGAUUGUAGAAGAACUUAGUGCUGUAGAAUUAGGACAUCCUGAUCAUGGAAAAGAGAAACAGAAAAACGAGAGUAAGUCAACACAUGUACAAAAUCCAUCUGUGACUAUUGAGGAGAUCGAAAUGAAGGAUCCUAAUAUAGACUUCUACCAUAAAGCAGUCUUACCAUUGCCCAGCAGUGUUUCUCCAGAAGCAGUUUUGGUAAAUAAUUUGCCUAUACCAGUGCAGAUUGCCACAGCGACCUUACCUAGAGACAUUGCCAAUACUGGGAUACUAUCUCAGUUUCCAGGUCUUCACACUACAACAUGUGUGAGUUGGUGUUAUCUCAAUUGUUCCAAACCAAACAGCACUCAAACAGCACCUAAUUUCUCUGUGUAUGCCGCUUGGUUCAUGAGAUGCCACAAUCCAAAUCCACCAAGUCUCAGUACUGGAAAGGCCCUUGCCCUUCUCCAAUCUAAACAGAAGAAACAAAAUACCACAUAUACAAUCGCAGCCAUGUAUCAACCAGGAAUACUUGUUACUUCAACUAUGUCAAGUCACAAACAGGAUCAGGGGACCAUUGAGGCUAGGUUGGGAGACAUAACAUAUGAUGCACAAAUGAAAGAUAUUAAGCAAAAAUGUAGACCUUCACGUGAGAAUAGCAAGGAAACUGAGGCACCUUUAAGGCAAACAGAGCCCGCUCGGGUAAAGAUUUUUGAAGGCGGGUACAAAUCAAAUGAGGACUAUGUGUAUGUCAGGGGACGUGGCCGUGGGAAGUAUAUUUGUGAAGAGUGUGGUAUUCGAUGUAAAAAACCUAGUAUGCUAAAGAAACACAUACGUACUCACACAGAUGUGAGGCCCUACAUAUGCAAAUGCUGUAACUUUGCCUUUAAAACAAAAGGGAACUUGACUAAGCAUAUGAAAUCAAAGGCACACUUGAAAAAAUGCCUUGAGCUUGGUGUUUCACCCAUGAAUUUGGACAAUACAGAUGUUGCUGAACAUGAAGAUGAUGUACAGAAAUCAUUAGAGAUCAGACCAGUAACGGAUGCAGCCAUUAAACAUCAGUUCUCAGAUGUGGAUGACUCAGAUGGGGGUGAGGAAGAUGGAGAUGAGCCAGAUGAUGAUGAAGAUGAUGAAUAUGAUGGGGACACUACGCCAAGAACCCAUUCCAGAAGCACAAGUCCUCAGCCUUACACAAUUAACAAACCAUUUCCCACCAUCUGCUUCACUAAGAACUUGGAUCCUAAAGAAAGGCUUGAAGCAUCAUCAGUCAAUAAUGAGGAUGAUCUGACUCUUGAGCAUACAAGCUCCUCAUUUGAUCCCUGUACACUUCAACUGCUCUCUCCUUGUUGGGACUCACCUCAUCAAAGGAACAUCUGUCAACGAGGGGAUCUGUCCCCACAAGGUCAUCUGACAACAGGAAGGGCUCCCUCCCCCUUGAGACCCAUUUUUCCAAGGCGAGAUGUAAACAUCAGAGGGGAUCUCUCACCCAUUCGCCAGCUCUCACCUGUAAGGCCCAUUUCACCAGCGACAGAUGUUUCAAGAUAUCGUGCAUCCUCCCCACGUGGUCACCACAGAGGCAUGCUUAGGGCUGCAUCACCACGCAGGGGGACCUAUCAGCACAGAUCCUAUGUGGAUUCGCGCAGGGAGAUAAAAUGUGAAGCCUCUUCCCUAAUACAAAGCAUUGCAAUGUACCCAGAAAUGGAUAAGCCAGAGGCCAUUCUUCAAAAUGUCACUGAUGGCAUACACUUUGGUAGCGAUGCAUCUACCCUCCCUAGCCGAGGCAUCUUCAGCCACUUGCCUUUGCACUCUCAACAGCAGGUACAGACUCCCAUUCCAAUGGUCCCCAUUGGAGGUUUAAGAAUGCCUUCCGUCUGCCCAUCUGGUGUUUCUGUAGAGGGACACUCGCAGUCAUUACCACAGGGGGACAUAUCAGAGAGGGCUAAUUCCAGGCAAGCCUCAGUUUCUAUUCCAGAACCUGGAGUAAGCAACAUAUCAUCCCAGAGGAAGGAGCAGCCAACAUCUUGCACUGGCCUUGCCUGCAAGGACAACAAGCAGGAGGAGAGUGUGCACAUCUGUGCAGAGGCUAUUGCAUCCCUCAGGAUCACAUCAGAGGAUAUCAUUGGUAAUCCUCCUAAAAGCUGAUUCAAAUAACUUGCUGCAAAACAUUUUGUUAAGUCAAGCUAAAUCAAGCUCGUAUGAUGAUUGUUGUUUUGGUAAGGUGCAAUAUGUGGCCAAAAGAAACGAUAAAGCGUAUAUGCACAUAAUUUCAUAUACAGAUGCACAGCACAUAUUUUAAUCAAACUGCCAUAUCAGAGUCACAUUUCUUAUAACCACCACUUAUUAUGUCCAUAUAUAUAAGGCCAUAUAAAUAUUAAUAUGCAGUCCAUUAAUAUUGAAGAGGUAUUUCAUGAGAUUUAUUCAAAAUUUCAGAAUCAUUGGAAAUUAUUUCUAUUUUUUCAGCAACUAAAAUGUACCAUCACUUUCCAAAUCUAUUGCAUUAAUAUAUAAUGAUCAUGACUAUAACUUAAUCAUCCCCGUCUGAUCAGCUUGUGCCUUUUUAGAAUUGUUUGCCUAUGCCUCAGUGAGACAGAAGUAUUGGAUGUAUUGUAAAAGCAGUGAAUAUAGUGUUAGACUGAUCUGAAGUACUGUUGAUGCUUUUGAAAUUGCACUCAAUUCACAUUACAUAGUUUGAAUACUAAUUCAGUAGUGAAAUAAUAUUCCUUGGUAUAUAGUUGUUAUUUAUGUUUUGCUGGUGCAGUUGUUUAAUCUUUGGACUUUUCAGCACUUAUGCAACACAGUGACAUGUUGUUCAUGUAGUUUAUGAUAUAACAAUGUAUUAUUGAUAUGAUAACCUAAAGUCAUUUGUAAAUGUUAUGCAGUUAGAUGACUAUGUAAAGCACUUUCUACUGAAGUAAUUGACUGAUGGUGUGCAGUUGAUAUUUGGGCUAUUUGGAAUCAUUGUAUGAUUGAUUUUAUCAAAUGGCACAACAUUCCAGCCACUGUUUAGUCAAUUAUAUGCACAUAAAUAUACACAUGGUGUUGGGUAGUACAGGAUUACAUAUCAACUAGAUUAUGUAUUCAGGUUGCAAAAAUGAUGGACUACAUAUAAACAGGAUUAUGCAUUCAGGUCAUGAAAAAGUAAUAAGGCAAUCAACCGAGAAUGCAUUAAAAACUAUUAAUUUACAUUUUGUAAACAUUACGUAGUCACAUUCUAUCUGAUAAUAAUCACAAUUGAUUAGAAAAAAUAGGUAUUGUAUGUUUACAUUUUUUUCACAUACUAAGCAAUUGAAAUCAUGAAGUAUAAUGUAGCAAACCAAAACAUAAUUUUUCUAACAUACAAUUUUGGCACAACAUUUUCAUAUUUCUGAACGUAUAUUAAUAAUCUUGAACUAUACCUGCCUAAUAACUGAUCAUAAUUAACAAAUUAUGAAAUUAUGUUGUAUUUUUCAUAAAUCCAUAUUUAUAUAUCAGUGCCUGAGUACAUUUUCUAAGUAAUCUGCCCAACACUACGCAUAUUCUCAUGAACACACAAGCAUAUACAUACACACCUAAGCACACAUGCACUCAUGCCAAGGUACACACACACACACACACACACACACACACACACAAUCAUGUACUGUAAUUAUUUUUUUCUAGUGUGUCCUGUGUGAGAACAGUUGAACAAGAAUUGAUGUCUG